AUGGAGCAUGAUAUGAGGGACAUGUCUCCCCGCGGGGGCCCGAUGAUGAACCCCAUCAUGCCAACACCCCCAGCCAUCCACCCGUCUUUUAUACAGGUGGCCAACCCAUAUAUCUUCGAGCAAACAGUCCAGAGCUGCAUCGAGUCGAUGGGAGUUAGCCCCACUCGUGAAAAUUCCUUGCGUCUCCAGGGUGUAGCAUGGAUUGACAAUGUGCGGAAAGCACUCAACCUGCCUAUCCGGACUUUCAACACGGCUGUGGGGUACUACCACCGAUUCCGGUUGAUGCAUCCAGACAAUGAGUACAUCUUCGCGGAUGCGGCAGCAGCAGCCUUGUUUACAGCGUGCAAGAUUGAAGACACGCUCAAAAAGUCCCGAGAUAUCGUCUGCGCGGCGUACAAUCUUAAGCUAUCACCCUCAGAGCACCUGGCAGCAGAUGACCCUACGUUUGAACAGAGUGCGCGUGGAGUCAUUGGUCUCGAGCGUCUAAUGUUAGAAGCCUCUGGCUUUGAUUUCCGAACUCGCCAUCCACAGAAGACUCUGAUGAAGCUGGGGCGGCAUUAUGGUGUCCCGCAAGGAUCAGAGAUUUCCAAUCUUGCCUACCGUAUCUCAAUCGAUCUUUACCGCACAUUUUCACCCAUCAAGCAGAGCUCAUCGACGAUGGCUUACAGCUGCCUCGAGCUUGCGGGACGACUCUUGGAUCAGCGCAUUGAGCCGGUCGAGGUUGGGAUCGACUAUGCGCAUUGGAAAACCAACCGCACGGAUGUCAUGGAAACCAUCUUCGAUCUCCUUGAGCUUUACACUCACUACCGCAGUCAAACAACCGUCGGACCAGAGUUCCCCGCAGACAGAUUCUUGACUGUCCGCAUCCCACUCAAUCAAGAAGCAAGCACACAGCAUAUCCCACGACACGCUUCGUGGGUUGACCAACCACGCCAACCAACCAAUGGCACCGCCAACCACGCAGAUUAUCCCACAAGGCCCGCUCAUCCACUAACACCCGUUGCUGCGAAUGGCGAUCGCCAACGGACAGGCGAGCGAGGCCGGGACGCUGCUGUACGGUUCACGAUUGAUCCGAUAUGUGCGGAUGAUGAGGGGCGGCAGGUUGCAAGAUACUUCAAUGUUGAAAUGGAGGAGUAUGAGGUUGAGAUUUAA